ACCAAAGUGAGUGUACAGUCAAAGGGGAGGAAGAAGGGAUGUGGGAGGGGCUUCAGGCAUCUGAGAAGAGUGUAUUUAAUAUAGCGAGAAAGAGAAUGAAGGAAGCAGAGAGUGAGGGGUUAAGUGCUUGUAAGUGUGCCUGGCAUCAAACGGAAACUGUCCAAGUGCGAGACAGAACGCCAGGGAGAGAGAUGCUGGAAGAGGAUGUAGAAGGGCGAGGCACCCGCAUAAGUGUGUAUGAACAGAGGGAUGUGAUCUGCAAGCAUGCUGAGCCCCAAGAUAAAACAGGCUCGACAGGGUAAAAAGUCCCCGCUCUGGUUUCAAAAUCAGGUAGAAACAGUUGUCUAGUCCACCCAAGUGAUGUUGUCCUUGGGGGUUCGAGCAGGGUCCCAACGUUUGGCAAGUACUAACGGUCAAAUGGUGAAACGAUUCAAAAAACAUAAAGGUUCGAUCAAAUGAAAAACUCGCCAUGGUGUGCGGUUCUUGAUCUCUCUUCUUUACAUACUCUGAAGUGAAAAAAACAUUAACUCUCCAGGAGUCAGUCAGAAGUAGUUUUCAGAUCUCAUUUCCAGGUUGCAGUCCACCAGCAGUUCUAAUCGUAUCACAUCCGCUUUAGAUGAAAGAGGUUUUGGGUGCAGACACCCAUUAACGCUUUCUUUUUAUGAUACAAAUAGCACAUGUGGGCGAUCAAAGGCCGGCACAGCUACUUGAAAAUGUGAGUCACAUAAAACUUUCUCCCUGUCGGGGAAAUCGAACCCCAGUCUUUGCCAUGACAGGGAAACAAGCUGUCCACUCGCGGUUGGCAGAUAUCAAGAUAGAGAUGGUGGACAGCGUGCUGUCUACACAUUUGUAGCUUGGAGUAAAUGGAAUACUUGACAAGGGUUGCAGUUUCCAUAGCGCAGUAUCACGAUGGUUCCUUGAUUUAAUGUCCUAAAUGGACAUUGAAGUGCGGGGGUUGAGGAUGUUCCGUUGGCUUGCUAAAGCCAAGGGACAAAUGAUAUAUCCUAUUCUUAUUCGGAAGUCUUACAGCUGCUUGAUAGUGACGCAUGAAAAUUGGCGUGCACAAGCUGGAUUGUACAGUAAAUGGAGCAGAAAUUAAAAUUACAUAGUUAAUCCUGUUUAUGACGUUACUUGAUUAUUUUCAUUUGAAUACGCUGUACCUAUUUUUCUGACUGAUGUUCUAUUUUUUUUUGGGGUGGGGGCAGUAUUUAAUACUAAAAUUGCUUAAAUGCAGUUGCUCGUGGUUACUAUCUGCAAACAACCACCAACUAAUAAGAUCUGUAGUUAUUAGGCUGCCAUUUUGUUAAAUGUAUUUGGCCACAUAAAGAAAUUACAAAUGUUUUGAUGCAAAAAGAGGAGGGUUAGGGUUAGGUCAUAUUUGAUUCAUAUAGAAAAUUUUCUCUCCAAAAAAAAUCUGACAUUUCUCUUUUGUUGUUAGUUAAAAUGAUAAAUUUGUUUUGUCUGAUAUUUCAAAUGUUUGUGUUUUUAAUCCUAAAAUAGCCCGUUCUAAGAGCAUGGUCUUUGGCGAGUUGUCACGGGUCUCCAGGCCUUGCUCCCCUCUUGACCAGGAGAAGGUGCUGAAGGCAGGCUGGCUGAAGAGACAACGCAUUAUCAUGAAAAACUGGCAACUACGAUGGUUUGUCCUCAAGGCUGAAGCUUUGUAUUUCUACAAAGACCAGGAUGAGAUCAAGGAACAGGGUUACAUUGCUCUCAAGGGCAGCCAAGUCAAAGAGCUUCCCACCAAUCGGGACGAGCCGGGUCGUCAUAUAUUUGAAAUUGUUCCAGGGGGCGCUGCAGAACGCGAUCGAAACCCUGAAGCGUUCCUGCUGAUGGCUAACUCUGAAAGUGAAGCAGAAGAAUGGGUCAGAGCGAUAAAACGAGCAAUCUGGGCCCCGCUUGGAGGAGGUAUCUUCGGCCAGCACUUGGAGGAAACUAUGCUUAAUGAGGGACAACGUGGUCCCCAGCGAAAGGUGCCUGCACUGGUCGAACGGUGCGCGUGUUUCAUACGCGAUCAAGGGCUUCAAGAGGAAGGUCUUUUCAGGGCCCCUGGACAGAGCAGUCGUGUUCGAGAACUGCAGGAUACGUUUGACCGUGGUGAGAGUCUGUUGUUUGACAGUGCCACUGAUGUCCACUCAGUGGCAUCACUCCUGAAACUCUAUUUGCGAGAACUACCUGAGCCUGUGAUCCCUUUCACCCAGUAUGCACAAUUUCUCUCUUGUGCUCUGCUACUAACCAAGGACAGAGAAAUGGGUAUCACAGAACUUGGCAAGCAGGUGAAAUCUCUUCCAAAGGUCAACUACAACCUCCUUGAAUACAUCUGUAGGUUUCUGGAUGAAGUCCAGUCCCACUCUGAUGCCAAUAAGAUGAGCGUUCAGAACCUCGCCACUGUGUUUGGACCCAACGUGCUUCGGCCCAGAAUGGAGGAUCCGAUGACCAUGAUGGAGGGAAGUUCUCACGUUCAACACCUGAUGACUGUGCUGAUCAGUGAACAUGCCAGACUUUACCAGCUCGAAAACCCCGAUGCUGUGACAGAGAAUUCUUUGCCGCAUCAAAAGAAUUCUCUCCAUAAGGGGAAAGUGGAAUGGGUUAAACAAGAAGUUGCCGAACCCCCAGCACCCUCUGGCACAGGUGUUCAAAUACCUCAGGAAACUCCUCAACCUUCUACCCCAGCUAAGGACAAUAAGCUGAUACAAACCAUCACCUACCCUGAGAGGGAUGAGGGUGUUCUAGCGAAUAGUAAGACAGAGGAGAAUGGGGACAGUCAAGCAAAUUGUAAAAAAGAGGGACGGGAUAGUCUUACAAAGCAGCCAAGUAUCCUCUCUGCUUGGAGGUAUUCUUUUAAGGGCAGUUCUGUGGGGUCAAGGGGAAACAUCGGCGGAUCAGCACUGGAUGUGUCUGCAGGGGGAAGCAACUGGCUGAUGAAUGGUCUGUCAUCCCUCCGAGCUCACAGACGCACCACCUCAUCUGGUGCAAAACUUAAGGACUCAGCUUCGUCUCUGAAGGAUUCAACCCUUUCCCUUAAAGAGACAACAGUAUCAGUCGGGGACUCGCGAAGUGAGCCAGAUCAGGACGCUUCUCGGGCACUGCACUCUCAAAGAGCCCCCCACCACUCGCACAGACUGUCCGCCUAUGACAAUGUCGGUCCUUCUACGCUAAGCUUGCCUGCUGAAACCUCCUCCAUCUGGACUACUUUUGAUAUCUCUUUGGAGGAGCCAGAAGACCAAAGACCGCUGAGCGAUGGUACAGCUGAUGUAGAUCAUGAUCAAACUUGCGCUGCUGAUGAUGUGGGAACAAACGUCAUAACAGAAUUGCAACAAGAGCUGAAGAGACAGAGGAUGAGCUUUGAAAACACCAUUCGCAAUUUGGAGGAGACCUGCCGUAAGCACCAGGCCAAAGUAAACAUUCUUGAGGAGGAGCUCGACUACGAGAGAAAGCUGUACCACAUGCUGGAGAUCCGAUUCAGAAACUCGGAGCGUGCACGGCAAGAUGGAGAAAACCGAAACCUUCUCCUCCAGAGGGAGAUGGAAGACUUCUUCCAAACUUUAGAAGACCUGACUACAAAGUCCAGCUAGACAAGACAACUUUGCCAUCAUCUGGUCUUCGCCAAGGCUUUGAAAACCAGAUAUACUGUACACCAGUGUUCGCCAAUCUGUAUUGAGUCAGCUCACAUAUUUAACAUAAGAGAAAUCUCAUGUAAUUGGGAAUCAUUGUUGUACAGUAUUGUGCAAAGGCCUCUGACCACCACAUAAGAUGUUUUUGCAAUGCUGCGAUUACUAUAAGUUGAAUGCCAGUCCAUACAGCGUAGCCCUGUGCCAAGCCCAAACAAUCUGGAGAGCCAAGUUAGUUCUGAGGCUACCUUCUGAUUAUGACGGAUAACAGAUAUGCGGUGCUAUCAUAAACGCAGGUGGCUAAUGGUUCCACUGAUGCCAAAGUGCCCUAUUUGCACUUUUAUCCAGAUGUUUCCCAAAAUAUCAUAGGUUCGUUCUUGCACCAUACACUACAUGUUUAUGAGGAAUUAGUUUUUUUUUUUUAAUCCUUCCAUUAGGAUCCAUCCUUCUACUUACUGUGAAAACAAAGCUAAGGGUGGCCUUAUGCAGUAAAAUAUUAUUGUAUUGUCAUGGCACUUUCCCUGAACUAAACAAUUAUAUCAA